GCGGCUGCUCCAGAGUCAAGUCAUUCGACAUCUUCGACCACUUCCUCUUCUUUAUCAGAUUAUUUCUACAAGUUAGAACCCAAUGUAAAAGCGAGAUACAUUGAAAAGAUCACAUUAUGUGAUGGUAUAGAUCCCUAUGCUAUGAAUAAAAACAGUUUUUCGACAGACUUCAAGGACCUACCGAAUCUGGAAUUUCCAGAUAUCUCGAAUUAUCUCGUUAUCCAAACGUCCUUUUACUCAAAACAGCAGAUGAAGGCUUUCAAGAGUCUUGAGGCGUACAACUUUUUUGUAUGUGGAUGGGUACACGGCACUGGUAUAAAGAAAUUAAAGAAUGGGAACCAACUAAUAAUGGCAAGGGUUAAUCACUCCCAGAGAUCUACAGAAACACCGUUAAAGACUUGGGUGAUAAUGAAGGAAGAUGGUGAAGUACUGACAGGACAUUGCAAUUGCAUGGCAGGAUUGGCAGAGUCUUGCUCUCAUGUAGGAGCAGUGCUAUAUUUCAUUGAAACAGCAGUGCGGACACGUGAAACUAUUACCUGUACGAUGGAAAAAAGCAAGUGGUUGAUGCCAGCACCUAUGAAAAAGAUCGAACCUGCAUCAGUCAAAACAAUGGACCUAUCCUCAGCAAAGGCAAAAAAACAAAAGAUGGAUAAUGCUAUGUGUGGAAAGUCAUCCCCUACAAUACAACAACCAAAGCCACCAUGCCCCACAGUUGCACAUGGAUCAAUGGAAUACCAUGAGUUCUUUAAAACCCUGAAUAAGAACUUUCCCAAAAGUGCCUGUUUAAUGUCAAAACGACUCUAUUAUUCCUCAUUUAUACCUAUGUCAGCCACUGAGGUAUUACCAAAGCCUAUUAUGAGCUAUGGAUCAGAAGAAUCAUUAAAACUUGACCACAACCAAUUAAUGAAUGAAUGCCAGAAGCUAACAUUAAAAAUAACAGCAAAACAAGUAGCUGUCUUAGAAGCAGAAACCAGGAGGCAAAGCAACUCAAAACUAUGGUUUACACAUAGAGCUGGUCGAAUCACAGCAUCAAGACUUAAAUCUGUUGUCCGAACAAAUCCAGAAAAACCAUCAAAGUCGUUGAUUAAGUCUAUAUGCUAUCCAGAAGCAUAUAGGUUUUCAAGUGAAGCUACCAGAUAUGGUUGCAAUCAUGAGGGUAUUGCAAGGAAAAAGUAUGAAAGUGUCAUGUGCCAACAACAUGAAACAUUUUCAGUAUGUGAAAGUGGGUUAAGAGUGAACCUUAAAUGGUCAUUUAUGGGUGCAACACCAGAUGGGGUGGUCAUGUGUGAUUGUUGUGGUAUUGGAGCAUGUGAAAUAAAGUGUCCAUUUUGCAAGAAGGAGAAGGAAAACCUGGUAGAUUGUGCAGGUGACAAGGGAUUCUGUCUGGUCAAAAGUGAAACUGGUAUACAGCUGGACAAGAACCAUGCCUAUUACUUUCAAAUUCAAGCACAAAUUCACAUUAUGGAAAUUGAUUAUUGUGAUUUUAUAGUAUGGAAUGAGAAUGACAUUUACAUAGAACGAGUCCUACCAGAUAUUGUAUUUUGGGAUAGUGUUGUACCUAAGGCAGAGUUGUUCUUUAGAAAGUGUAUCCUGCCAGAAGUAUUAGGGAGAUUUUUCUCUAAACCAUUUUCUGCCCUUGAGCUAAAAAAUUCUGAGGAGUAAAUA